AUGAAUUAUUUGAAUAAAAUAGGUAAAGAAUUAGGAAAUAAUAUUAGCAAAGUAGGCUCAAAAUUAGGAUCUAGGUUUGAUAUUAAAUAUUUCUUAAUUGAUAGUUCAAAAAUUAAUAUUGGUGAUGCAAAACUUAAUAUCAUUAUAAUUAAUGCACUUAAAAAUGUACUUAAAAUUUGUAUUCAUUAUGGUAUAGAUAAAGAUGGGAGUGAUAGAAGUAAAAAAUUAGUAAAAAAUUAUGUUGAUUUUAUCAAUAAUAUCAAAAGGCAGCAAGUACCAAAUGAUUAUAUUAUCGAUAUAGCUAAUAAGUAUUAUAAGAAAAUCAAUUAUCUUGAUAUUUAUAAAGAUAAACCCUUACUAAAAGAAGUAAUUAAUAAUGUUGAUGAAUUAUUCCAGGAAAUAGUUGUUCAAGAUUUGAUUAGAAAGUACAUUAAUUUUUUAGAUAAUGAGGUUAAAAAUAUUUUAAAUAUGACUAAUUAA